AUGCUCCCUCCCAAUGAUACACCAUCUCACCCUGCCUCCUUCUUGUUGCUGGGGAUCCCAGGUCUAGAACCUGUUCACCUCUGGAUCGGCUUUCCCUUCUGUGCUGUGUACAUGAUUGCUCUCAUAGGGAACUUCACUAUCCUGUUGGUGAUCAAGGUAGAGAGCAGCCUACAUCAGCCUAUGUUCUACUUUCUGGCCAUGUUGGCCACCAUUGACGUGGGCCUCUCUACUGCUACCAUCCCUAAAAUGCUUGGGAUCUUCUGGCUUAACCUCAAGGAGAUCAUAUUUGAAGACUGUCUCACUCAGAUGUUCUUCAUCCACACAUUCACACUUAUGGAGUCUGCUGUCCUUCUGGCCAUGGCUUAUGACCGUUACGUGGCCAUCUGCAACCCACUCCGCUAUAGCAUCAUUCUCACCCAUAAGGUUGUCUCUGUGAUUGGUCUUGGUGUUCUAGUAAGGGCAAUUAUUUUUGUCAUUCCUUUUAUAUUUCUGAUCUUGCGACUGCCUUUCUGUGGGAAUCAUGUCAUUCCCCACACCUACUGUGAGCACAUGGGUCUCGCUCGUCUGUCCUGUGCCACUAUCAAGAUCAAUGUCAUCUAUGGCUUAUGUGCCAUAUGCAAUCUUGUGUUUGACAUCUUAGCCAUUGCCCUAUCUUAUAUACAGAUACUCCGAGUUGUUUUCUGACUCCCUUCUCAGGAAGCCCGACUCAAGUCCCUGAGCACAUGCGGGUCUCAUGUGUGUGUCAUCCUUGCCUUCUAUACACCAGCACUCUUUUCCUUCAUGACACAUCGCUUUGGCAGAAAUGUCCCCCGCUACAUCCAUAUCCUCCUGGCCAAUCUUUAUGUUGUAGAACCUCCGAUGCUCAAUCCGGUCAUCUAUGGAGUCAGAACCAAGCAGAUCUAUGAUCGUGUGAAGAGAAUAUUGCUACAGAGACAAAUCAUGGAAAAGCAAUAG